CCUUGAACUGAAGAGAAGCAUGUCAUUUCAGGGAUUGGUGUCAUUUGAGGACAUAGCUGUGGACUUCACCUGGGAGGAGUGGCAGGAGCUGGAUGCUGCCCAGAAGACCCUCUACAGAGACGUGAUGCUGGAGAAUUAUAGCAACCUAGUGUUCCUGAAGCUCUGCACAGUCAAACCUAAGUUGAUCUUCAAUUUGGAACAUGGAUGUGGACCAUGGAGCCUAGCAGAAGCUUCAAAUGUUUAUAAAGUGAGUGCCCUGAUUGACACCAGCAAGGAAAAUCCUGAGCUACAUUUGGGGCAACUUGAAAUAACUAACCUAAAGACACCAGAUGAAGACAUGAUUGAAGCAAAACUAAAGACUCAACAGGAAGUCUACAAAGGGACAAAAUCCCGUCAUCGUAGAGCACAUGUAAAAACAUAUCACCAAAAGUUAGAGCAAAGCCAGAGUCAGACAUUGCACAGAGGUGGGAGACUCUAUGCAUGCAAGGACUGUGGGAAAACUUUCUGUACUAACUCAACCCUCAUUAAGCAUCGCAGACGAACUCAUAAUGUAGAGAAGCGCUUUAAAUGUUCUGAAUGUAGUAAAACAUACCAUUGGAAGUCAGACCUCACUGCACACGAGAAAACUCACUGGCAAGAGAGAACCUACAUAUGUAAAGGAUGUGGGAAAGCCUUCUUCCGGAAGUCUCAUCUCAAUGCACACGAAAGAACCCAUACAGGUGAGAAGCCUCACAAGUGUACAGAGUGCAAUAAAGCUUUCCAUUACAAGUCAGACCUUACUCGACAUAAAAAAACUCAUUUGGGUGAAAAGCCUUAUAAAUGUGAAGAAUGUAAGAAAGGUUUUUCCCGUAAGUCAAAGCUCGCUAUACAUCAGAAAACUCAUACUGGUGAGAAGCCUUAUGAAUGUACAGAAUGCAGGAAAACCUUUUCCCAUAAGUCACAACUCACUGCACAUAGAAUAACUCAUUCAUCUGAGAAUUUUUAUGAAUGUAAAGAAUGCAAUAAAUCUUUCCACUGGAAGUGUCAACUCACAGCACAUCAGAAAAGACAUGCGGGAAGAAGCUUCGUGAAUGAAGAACGCAGGAAAACACUCCACGCGUCAGAAUUCACGGGACAUUGGAGAAAUCAGACAGCUGAGGAUCCCUACGAAUAUGAGGAAUUCAAGGAAGAGUUCUGUGUAGAACCAGACCUUACUGUAUUAUAUCAGGGAAAUUCAUAAUUGAGAUGCUUACAGAAUGUAAAGAAUAUAAGAAAGUUUUCCAGUGCAAAUCUGACCUCAUUCAACACCAAAGACCCACACAAAUGAGAAGCCACUGUGAAGAAUGUUGCUCAAGGCUAGCCUUAGCAAUAGAGAACACCAUAUGAGAAACAGCAGGGGCAUUGUAUUGACAGAGCUCCUCAUGUGACUUAUCUGCCACCAAAGGCUCCACAAAGAUGAUGUUAGAGAGCUCAAUGGUUAAGAGUUCUUGCUUUGUUUUAUUCUUUGGUUUCACAAGACAGGAUUUUUCUGUCUGUGCCAAGGCCCUUGAACUCAACAGAGAUCCACUUGCCUCUGCUGGGACUAAUGGUGUGUACCACCACCACCUGGAUAGAGCUCUUGCUUUACAAUUAUAGUGAUCCUAGUACCUACUUGACAAGUCGGCAUCCCUGCAAAUACCUGUCACCCCAGCUCUGACAAUGGUAGAGACUGGGGAUCAUCUGAACUUGCUUAUUUCUGACUUAGCUGAGGCAUGAGCCCCAGGUUCAGGAAGAGGUCCUUUAUUGGAGGAAUAGAUGGAGAAUGAUGGAGGUGGGCACUCAAUACCUCCUUCUGGUUUCUGUGAGUUUAGGUGCACAUUUAAAUACGUGUGUAAACAAAAAUGUUGAAAGAACAGGAGGAUGGUGAAAUGGCUUUGUUGUAUAAAGGAAUUUAUCACCAAGUCCAAUGACUUAAGUUUGAUCCCUAGAACCUGCACAGGAGCACAGAACCAGCUGCAAGUUGUCCCAGAGCAUACUCAAAUGAAUUAAAAAACAAAAGCUGUGUGAGUACUAAAACCAUAGUACAGGUAGGGAAGUAGCAUGUUCAUCAGAUUCAUGCUAAAAUAAAACACUAAAUUAUCAGCAUUUCAGAUUAACCAGCUGGAAGUGGCUCAGGGAGGUGUGCUACCAAGCACAUGUAUUACCUGUUCUUUUAUAUUAACAAGUUUUUCCAGGUUAUUUGCCUAUCAGGGGUUGUGUUCUUAAAUCUGUUGUUUGAAAAAAAAAUAACCAUGUGAAAAAUUGCAAUAAAUUGAUGCUUUAU